CGCCUCCACGCUUUUACAAUCCACGGUGUCCUUUGCACAAUUUGCCACUGUAGGAUCUUGAUAAAGCGACAUUGAGCAACUCUAUACUGCUACAAGUCCUGGUGUGCUGACACCUGUGCACAAUGCAUCAUCUCAGCUUUCUCUACCCAGCGCUGUUGGCCACUUCGGCCCUGGUCGAAGGAGUGCAUGGCCUCCGCUCAGGAAACAAGGUCAAGCUUUCCAAUGUCCAAAGCCUUACCCUGCGUAAGGAUAUGAAGACCUCGCAUAGGCGUGUGUCUGCUAUACCUCAGUUGAAUUGCAUCGGCGGUUCUGGGCGCGGGCUAUACGAAAUCGAUGUUAUGCGCUGCAAGAAUGCUGGAUCCGAUUACAACGAAGAAGACAUCCAGUGGACCUGCACCGCCUCCCUCCCCGAAGAAUUCAAGCUCGGCUCCACCGACGUCAUUUGCGAAGGCUACGAUUAUCCCGAAGACCCCUACAUCUUGAAAGGCAGCUGCGGUGUUGAGUACAAACUCGUCCUCACGGACAAGGGCCAUGAGAAAUACGGCCACAAGAAGCCAUGGUUCGGUGGCGGCGACGACGACGGCAAGCAUCAGCAAACGACCGGCGAUAAAAUAUCUGUGGCUCUUUUCUGGGUGGUUUUCGUGGGCGUGGCGCUAUGGAUUGUAUACUCCGCGUUUAUAGGAUGGGCGAGGGGCGCCGAACGUCCAGCUUGGAAUGGAGGAAACAAUCGGCCUGGAUGGGGUGGUGGAGGCGGAGGCAACGGCGGCGAUGAUGACGACCCACCACCUCCCUACGACUGGAGGCCAUCUCCUAACAACCCCAAGCGUGGCUACGGAGCUACUGACGGCUGGAGGCCAGGAUUCUGGUCUGGCGCUCUUGGGGGAGCAGCGGCUGGCUAUGCUGCUGGAAGGUCAGGAAAUCGAGGAAACCAGACAAACUCCGGAUGGGGUUUUGGUGGCGGGCGAGGAGGAAGCAGUUGGAACAAUGGCGGGGAGGGUAGCUCGCGGUCAACUUCAAGCUCUCCGAGCUACUCAUCGACCAGGCACGAGAGUACGGGCUUUGGAUCUACAUCACGCCGGUAGACGAAAGAUAUUUCAUAGGCUUUAAAUUGAUACCCACGCAUUUUUUUCCCGUCAUUGUGCAACAUGACUUGAAUGCUGGAUCUCGCACGAAUCAGACUCAUAGAUUGAAAGCAGGGAUGGGGGAAUCUAUUCUCGCCUAUUCACCCACUCGGUGGGUAUGGAUGACGAUACAUUAUAAAGAGUAUGAGGAAUGAUGUGUAUAAUUUAACAAUCCUAUCGUUAUAUACAUACUAAGAUUGGA